CCAUCACCUCAAUUGAGCUUCUCACGAACCACAGGGUCAACCACGAAUCAUCGUGCUCUCAAUUGAAGCUUCUCUCCAGGAGCGCACCAGCAUUCCUCAUCUGUCAGAACCAACCACUUUUCGUUGUUUUCUUCUCGGACACUCCUUUCAUUGUGUUUCUUUUCUCCGCAAAUUCGAGGUGAUAUGCCCGGCGUACGGACAGCGAGGUUGGGGCCGCUCGCUUCGGUGCUGCGGCGUCCCAUGCCCUCAAGCCUCUCGCCGUCAGCAUGUGCAGGCCACAUCGUGACCCCGAAAACGAGGGUACGCCAUAAAUCCGGACCGUACGGCUACACGCAAGCCAAAGCACUUGUAUUCUCCAAGGAGGGAGAGCCUGCUGAUGUCCUUCAACUACAUACCCACUCCAUCUCCCCUUCUCUCCCGUCCGGCUCCCUCCUCCUCCGCACUCUCGCCGCGCCGAUCAACCCCGCAGAUAUCAACACCAUCCAGGGGACCUACGGCGCCAAACCUCCGUUCACAUCCCUCAUCGGCACCACUGAACCCUCCGCCAUCCCGGGCAAUGAAGGCCUCUUCGAGGUAGCGGCCGUUGGGUCCCCCGACCUUCCCUUCAAGAGGGGCGACUGGGUCCUCCCCGCCGCCUCCUCCUUUGGCACCUGGCGCACGCACGCCGUAGCCGACGCGAGCCAUGUGCUCCGCAUCGACAAGUCCAACCUGACCCCAAUCCAAGCCGCCACCGUCAGCGUGAACCCGUGCACCGCCUACCGCAUUCUCCGGUCGUACGGCCCCGGCGAGCCCAUCCGCGCCGGCAGCGCCAGCAACAGCACCAACACCCCGCCGGUGGGCGCCAUGCGACCCCUCGAACCCGGAAGCGGCGCCUGGUUCAUCCAAAACGGCGCCAACUCGGGCGUAGGCCGCGCCGCGAUCCAACUCGGCCGUCUCUGGGGCCUCCGCAGCAUCAACGUCAUCCGCGACCGCGACACCCCGGAAGCCACCGACGCCCUGCGCGCCGAGCUGACGGACCUGGGCGCCGACGUCGUCGUCGCCGAAUCGGAGCUCCUGAGCCGCGCAUGGCGCGACCGCCUCGCCGAGAUCACCCGCGGGGGGCGCGAACCCCUCGGCCUCGCCCUCAACUGCGUGGGCGGCAAGAACGCCACCGCCCUCGCCCGCUCGCUCGCCCCCAGCGGCACCCUCGUCUCCUAUGGCGCCAUGUCCCGCCAGCCCGUCAACCUCCCCACCGGCCUGCUCAUCUUCAAGGAUCUCCGCUUCCUCGGCUUCUGGCUCACCCGCUGGAACGAGCGCGACCCGGAAGCCCGCAGGUUCGCCAUCCAGGACCUCCUGCAGAUGAUCCGCGACGGCCGCUUCCGAGACGUACCCUUCGAUGAGGUCCCCUGGUCUUGGGAAACCGAGGAGAAGACCCUCAAGGACGCCGUCUCCGGCGCCUUGGGUGGUUUCAGGAAGGGCAAGGGAGUGUUUGUUUUCGGGGAGACCUGAGAUGACCUAGCUGUACAAUCACGAACCAGUUCAAGUUGUUGGGGGGGGGGCUUUCUUCUUUUCUUGAAUAUAUCCAAAAUACUGAUGUAAAGGGCAAACAAAGGAUCCAUACCAUUUUUCCGUCUUUACUUGUAUCCAUUUCAUUUUCUGUCAAGUUUCCGGAUCCUCGUAUCUGAGCCUAAAGAGAAUGAGGAGCGCGCAUAAACAAUGUAAUCAUUAUUCGGCCAAGGAGUUAGGCGUUACUUAUGAAACAUCCUGCUCAAUGGUAGCUCCCCAUAACCC